AUCAGGUAACCUGGUAGCUCGGGCAAGGCUGUCCUUCAAAAAAAAAAAAAGUGACUUCACUUUUCUCUCCUGUGCUAAGGUAGAUUCUCUCUCCUUUCAGCUGGGAUACACGCCGCUCGCUCUCGCAGUCUCCCAACGUUGCAAAGGGAUGGCAGAGUUCCUUCUGGAAAAAGGAGCCGACGUGAAUGCGCGAGAUUGCUCUGAAAGGACCGUUCUUAUAAUUGCUGCUGUUGUGGGGGAUACGGACAUCAUGCGACUUCUUCUUCAGCGUGGUGCUGACCCUUCUCUGACGGACAUCACCGGCAUGACAGCCAGGGGUUACUUAGCAACUCUCCAUAGCCAAGAUCUUACUGAGGAACGGGAGGAACCCGUGAGCUCUCAAACCACGGGAGAGUCUUCUGCACAUGCUGCAAAAGGCACAACAGUACCCGACAGCUCCUGCCCGGUGACAACUGGUGGUGUCCUAGCAGCAGCAGAAGCGGAGCAAGAGGAAGAUGAUGACUCUUGUGAAUCCUUUUCAGCAAGUGGAAUAGCGGAAGGUGGAGAGAUGCAGAUCCUGAAAUCUGCCGAGAAGCCUGGAAAGAUGGAGAUGGACGCUCAGUUGGCUGAGAAGCUAUCUGAAGGUUAAACCCCUCAGAGGGAAACGGUUGUCAUGGGGUCAGAGCUGUGAGCUCCUAGCCCAUUUUUCAGUGGCAACACCUA